GAAAAUGUACAGCAAAAGAAAAUCUUUAAAAAUAAUAAGAAAAGGACAAAACAGAGAAAAGAGCCAUGUCCUGCUGACUCGGUAGGAUCUCUGAUGGCGGAAAUGCCAUUUGUCAACACAGAUACUGAAGAUGAAUUUGUUAUGAAUGCAACCUCUGAAAUGAAUAUAAAAAAGAAAAGACAGACAAGUACUGGAAGAGAAAUUGAAGAAGGCAGUGAGUCAAAGAAGAAAAAGAAGAAACAGUAUCAGCCGAAUUAUUUCAUUUCUCUUCCAAUUACUAAUCCAGAGAUUACUGGCAGUGUUCAGGCUGUCCAAGAUGCAAUAAUACAACAGGAUCAAAGGCUUUCCAAAGCAAUGGUUCGCUCUGGCUCGUUGCAUGUCACCAUGUUAGUGAUGCGUUUAUCCAAUGAAGAAGAAAUUAACAUAGCAGCUGGUGCUCUUUCAGACAGCAAGGAUUUUGUAGAAAAUCUCCUGAAAGGAAAAACCGUGGAAUUAUCUUUUCAAGGAAUUGAUCACUUCAGAAAUGAAGUUGGAUUUGUGAAGUUGGCAGAAAAUGAUCAUAGAACUAUACUUGCGGAAAUAGCAGAGACUAUGAAGAAGAUAUUUCAAGAAAAGGGCAUCUUGGCAGGAGAAGAAAGAGCUUUUAAACCACAUCUGACCUUCAUGAAGUUGUCAAAAUCAACAGAGCUACGUAAGGAGGUGAAAAAAAUUGACUCAAGCUUGUAUGAAGAUUUUAAAAACCAUUAUUUUGGAGAUGAGAUACUGCACCGCCUAGAUCUUUGCUCCAUGUUGAAAAAAAAGCAACCAAACGGUUACUACUACUGUGAGUCCUCUAUUGUUUUUGGUGAAAAACAUGCAGCAGAGCCAGACGAUGCAGAGCUGCUGAGCCUCAGCAAAAGGCUGGUGGAGAACGCGGUGCUGAAGGCUGUACAGCAAUAUUUAGAAGAAACGCAAAGCAAAACCAGACAAACUGAUGGAAGCCCUGCGAAAACUGAAACAGCAGCAAGCGGCAGUAAGAAUGAGAGCGACAAUGAUAACACCAAGUGA